ACCCGAAACCCUAACCUGCGGUAUAUAAAGUCGCUCUAGCGCCUCCCACCCGAGCCCUCGCACUCGCGCCGCCAUCUCGCCGUCUACGCCGCAGCAGACGCCUCCCGCUACCCACCGCCGAGAUGACGAAGCGCACCAAGAAGGCCGGAAUUGUUGGCAAAUAUGGUACUAGGUAUGGUGCCAGUUUGCGUAAGCAGAUCAAGAAGAUGGAGGUGUCUCAGCACUCUAAGUACUUCUGUGAAUUCUGUGGGAAGUUCGCAGUGAAGAGGAAAGCAGUUGGAAUUUGGGGAUGCAAGGACUGCGGGAAGGUCAAGGCUGGCGGCGCCUACACAAUGAACACUGCUAGUGCGGUCACUGUCAGGAGCACAAUCCGUCGCUUGAGGGAGCAGACUGAAGCUUGAUGGCGCUGCUGGUAUCUUCAGAAAUCCUGGGGGUUUUGUAGUAGAGUUAAAGACAUCGAGUUUCUGUAUUUUGGCUAUUUAACCAAGGAUAUCUUUAGUAUGUUUUGUUUCUGCUUUAGGGUCUUUGAAAGCAUGAUGCUACAGUUUGUACUUGGUCGAUAUUGCAACCUUCGUUGGUGGAUCUGUUAUGCUGUGCUCGUUUUGUGUUACCUACUUGGUCUUUUACUUA